AUGCCCCCCUGGCUGGGGCGGGGCGUUGGGUUGGCUGGGCCGCCGUCACGCAGGCUCGGGGCGGCUAGAGGGAGGGAGAGAGCAGGGCAGCGGUCGCUAGGCAGCAUGGAUUUGACAAAUAUUGCCAUAUGGGUUACUACCGUAGUUGUUAUUUUCAUCACCGCAGUAGUGACCAAGAUUAUUGUAACCGGAAGAAGGGCUACGUUUCAGCCAGGUCUGCAAGCAAUGGUUCAUGACCAAUAUAGAGCGUUGGGGAGUGUGUUCACUUUAAGAUUCUUCAGAGUGAACAUUACACUCUUAGUUGGGCCUGAGGUCUUGGAUCAUUUUUUUCAAGGGUUAGAGUCAGAGAUUAGUCAUGGUAAUACGCUGGAUUUCAUUGUGCCCAUGAUUGGGAAAGAGGUUGGCUUUGGUGUAGAUCUCGCCACCCGCAAUGAGCAGAUGCGGUUCCACAAUGAUGCACUGAAACUGUCAAAGCUACGAAGUUACAUGGAUCCAAUGCUUCAUGAAGUAGAGGAUUACUUUGCAACAUGGGGCCAGCAGGGUGUAGUUGAUUUAAAACAUGAGUUUGAGCAACUACUCAUGUUAAUCUCAAGCCGAUGCCUUCUUGGGAGGGAGAUCCGGGAGAACAUGUUCGACGAGGUCCACACGUUGUUUCGUGAGCUCAACGGCGGCAUGAGUCUAGCCAGCGUCUUGUUCCCUUACGCCCCAACUCCGACGAACCGCCGGCGUGACAGAGCACGGGCCAAGCUCUCGAAGCUAUUCACUGAGGUCAUGAGAUCACGCAAGAGCUCAAACCGGACCGAAGGGGAUGUUCUACAGAAUUUGAUAGAUUCCAGGUACAAGGAUGGCCGCCCCACAACCGAAGCGGAGGUCACUGGCCUCGCCAUCAUGCUGCUCUUUCUUGGAAAGCACACCACCUCCGUCACUAGCACCUGGACCGGAGCUCGCCUGCUCACCAAUGGUAAGUGGCUGACAGCAGCCAUUGAGGAGCAAAAGGAGAUCACUAGGACACAUGGGGACCGGAUAGACUACAACGCGCUGCUACAGAUGGAUAUCCUGCGCCGUUGCAUCAAGGAAGCCCUGCGUAUGCACCCUUUGUUACCACUGUUUCCUCGCAAGGUGCACAAGAGCUUCACGCUGCGGACCAAAGACGGCGCUGAGUAUGAGAAUCCGGGAGGGCACACGCUUGUAAGCCCUGCACUGUUCAACAACUACCUGCCCUACAUCUACAAGGACCCUGGUGUGUAUGACCCGGACAGGUUUAGUCUGAACAGAGUGGAAGACAAAGUUGGUGGCAAGUUCUCUUUCACGGGGUUUGGUGGUGGAAGGCAUAGCUGUGUCGGGGAAGCAUUUGGGUAUAUGCAAAUCAAGGUGAUAUGGAGCUAUUUGCUUAGAAAUUUUGAGCUCAACUUGGAGUCUCCUUUCCCUGGGACAGACUGGAGCAAGCUAGUGGCAUCGCCCAAAGGAAAAGUAUUGGUGGCUUAUAGGAGGGUGGCAGCUGCCUAG